UUACAAUAACUGUUGUCCUAUAUAUAUUUUAUUUUUUUAUUGGUAGUUUUUUCCGAGAUGAAUGCAGCACUUUUUAUUUUUGCGGCAAUCGCGUUGGUUCAACACGGAUCGGUUGUCGUGGCUGAAUAUGGAUUUGGCCCAAAUGAAUGUACCAGAUUCGAUACAUUUAACCAGGUUUGCGAUGAAACUUUGGCCGCUUACGCUCUUAAUCAUCAAGGAGACUUUAAUGAAUUGACAGGCGCAGUGGCUGACUGGAUAGCAGCCCAGAAGGCUAAGGACCCGGAGAACCCAACUGCGGCACAAAACAAAGCAUACGACCAGGCUUUUAACAACUUGGUGACUGUCAUCAAUGUUCAUAAUAAUAAACAGACGCAAGCACAACGCUUAGCAGACGCUAAUGAAAUGAUCGAAAUACAAAAUAAACAAAAAAUAGACGGCUGUAAAGAUUUAAAGCUAGAUGAUUUCAAUUGUCCUAUAACGCAAUAAUAAACUAAUAUGCAUCUAAUCGAAUUCGGAAACUAUUAGUUGCUUUAAAACUAAUAAUAAUAUAAAAAUAUGAAAAAAGUCUACUCGGUUUUGUUCAUUUAACUAUUUAGUUUGUAUGAUUUUUCAAUUAGCGCAAAGUAUUUAUACAUAUAAUUUAAUUGGAAAUGAGCGGUUUUCAAGUAGUUUUACAUGGGCAAUACUUAAGAA